ACUAAUAUGUUGUGCUAUGACUGUUAUGUUGUGACUAAUAAGUCUUUUGCUAAAAUGCUAGUUGAUAAGUAAUAUAUUGAUAGUUGAUAAGUAAUGACUAACAAGUCUUUGUUACGAUAAGUAAUGUUUAUCUGUAAUGUUUAUCUAUAUUUUGAAUGUCUAUUUGUAUUUGUAAGUACAAUGUAAUCGCUAACUAAGAAGCCUUUGCCAAAAGCUCCUCUCUGAUAAAAUACCACUGUCAUGAAAUCAUACACCAUUAGCCUUUGUUACAAUACCAUUAGCUGAUGAGUAAUAUUUAUCUGUAUUCGCAAUUGUGUACCAUGAGCAUCAUGUUAUCAUUAGUCGAGAACCCCUCUCCGAUAAACUCACCUUAUAUAAAUACUGCCUCAAAUCAGUUCGAGGACAGUUCCAUUUCCGAAUUCAUAUUGUAAACAUCUAAUUGUACUAUUUCUGUGUAAAGUAAUAAAGCUAGUUUUUUAAAAAACAAAUCUUAUCAUUCGCCACGUAACAAAUUUGGCGCAGUCGGUAGGAUCUCGCAUAAGACGAAGUGCAACGUGCAGUUGAUCAUCGGGACAGCAUCGCCCAGCAGAGCAACGCGCGGUAGCUACAGGCUUUUGAAACACUUCGCCGAACAUGCAGCUCCAAAUACUUGUAUUGUUAUGGUACUCCUCAACUUUUGUUGAAGGGGAUACCCGAAUACUACCCAUACCUUCAAAAUCAGGUCUCUAUUUUGAAGAAAACGGAGAAAUUCUAAUCUCUGAAAAUUCGUGGAAAUUAUUAGUGUAUAGAGACUUAGAACCACUAUUUUUAACUCAUGAUUCUAUAAAAAGACUCACACAAAAUUAUCAAAAUCUCGUCGCUAGACACACGACACUACCGAGCGUAAUUACGACAAGUUCUUUCAUCAAAGCCAGUCUAAACAAAAUAGACUCCAGAUUAAGCGAAUUAAACUACUAUACCGCAGGUAGCUUAAAUAACAAACGUAGUAAACGUGAACUUAUAGACGGUGUAAGCUCAAUAUUAAAAUGGCUUAUCGGAACACCUGACGCCAAAGAUGCGAAACACUACAAUGAAUGUAUCGAACAGUUAGAAAGACAACAGAUUUCGACUGACGCAAUCCUAAGACAACAACUACAGAUAAUCUCUUCGACAAUUAAAAAUUUUAACGAAACCUUACUGAAAAUCUCUUACGACGAACAUUUAAUCAACGAAAACAUUGCUAAAGUUAAUUCUUAUUUUAAUACCACGAACAAAUUAAUUUUCAACCUUACCAUUUCUGAAGAAAUAUCCACGCUAGCGAUACAAAUACUAGAGUCAGUAACAUCAUUAGAAAAAGACAUUGACGACAUAAUAAUAAGCAUUUUGUUCAUUAAAUCAGGAGCCAUUCACCCUUCGAUUAUAUCAAUUAACCGUCUAUAUAAAGAAUUAUUAUCCUCAAGUCCCGCUAGAGUGAAUAAAAAUCUAGUAGCUCCUAUAAAGCUAUCAAACAUACAUCAAAUCCUCGAAUCUGCUUCGAUUACAUCUUAUAUCUAUAUGAAUAAAAUUAUAUAUAUUUUAGAAUUCCCUUUAGUUAGAAACGAUAGGUUUACCUUAUAUCACAUAUACUCUAUUCCUAUUCUGCAUCCCUCAUCAACCUUAUAUUCCACGAUCCUCCCAGAGCAAACAUUUCUUGCCAUGAACAGUAACAGACAGCAAUACGUCACAAUGAACGACUUGGGAAAAUGUAAGAACUUUGUUACGGAAACAAAAGUCUGCAACGAUCUCCCAGUAUAUAACGUGAACACCAGGCCUACCUGUGAAACUGCCAUACUUACGACAACAAGACAAGACGUGCCAGAAAUUUGUCAAGUUACUACGUUUUCGGCGAAUAUUAACACACUGCAACCCAUCAGAAACAAUAAAUGGAUCUACAUCUUACAACAUACAACGCCGUAUACCCUAGAAUGUAAAGAUGAAACAAACCACGGUGAAAUCUCCGGAGCCGGCAUCAUAUCAUUGGAAAAUGGCUGUAAAAUGUACACUGCCUUCGUUACACUACUAGCUGAAGAAAAUCUAUCGACAAAUAUUAGUCACCCUAUUGUCACCGUAGAUCUGGAACAAAUCUGCAUUCCUGAAAACUUAAAUAUUAGAGAACCAGAACUUCUUCCAAUAAAAUUGAAUAACAUAGCGUUGGACUCUCUCAACACCAUAAAGGAACAAAUAAAUCAACACUCUAAACUAUUAAAAGAUAAUCAAGCUACUUUUGUUGAAAAAUAUUCCACAAAACUCUCAAUUUCCAGCAUAGCUAUUGGGUUAGCCAUGCUAACGUGUUUGUGUUAUAAGUGUCACAAGAGACGUUUUCAAUUCACCACAACACAACGUAGAGAUGGCUGCAUCCAGAUUUUUAAUAACUGCUUCGAUCGCUCUCAACGCCGUCAACACAUCGAAAUUCCCAUGGCAUCAUUGAAACCGAGAACGACGUCGUGUAUAUCCGAAGAUGAAAGCGAUGACGUCGCCACUCCACACCUUCAUCAAAGAUCGAGUAACAAAACUCAAUCUUUAUUCUAAGAGGGGAGGUGUUAUGUAAUGACUGUUAUGUUAUGACUAAUAUGUUGUGCUAUGACUGUUAUGUUGUGACUAAUAAGUCUUUUGCUAAAAUGCUAGUUGAUAAGUAAUAUAUUGAUAGUUGAUAAGUAAUGACUAACAAGUCUUUGUUACGAUAAGUAAUGUUUAUCUGUAAUGUUUAUCUAUAUUUUGAAUGUCUAUUUGUAUUUGUAAGUACAAUGUAAUCGCUAACUAAGAAGCCUUUGCCAAAAGCUCCUCUCUGAUAAAAUACCACUGUCAUGAAAUCAUACACCAUUAGCCUUUGUUACAAUACCAUUAGCUGAUGAGUAAUAUUUAUCUGUAUUCGCAAUUGUGUACCAUGAGCAUCAUGUUAUCAUUAGUCGAGAACCCCUCUCCGAUAAACUCACCUUAUAUAAAUACUGCCUCAAAUCAGUUCGAGGACAGUUCCAUUUCCGAAUUCAUAUUGUAAACAUCUAAUUGUACUAUUUCUGUGUAAAGUAAUAAAGCUAGUUUUUUAAAAAACAAAUCUUAUCAUUCGCCACGUAACACCAUUCUAUUAACAUCGAUUAAAAAAAACAUCACCA